AUGGGCCAAGGGGUCAGCGCGCGAGGGCCGGUCGGCCGCCUGAUGUUACGUGGAGGAGAGGGGCUGACUGACUUGGUGGAUUUGAAAAGUGCUAACUUCCUCUGCGUUUGUAGUAAACAAAGUUCUCAGCUGGACUUGGCUCUGGAUUGUUGGCUGAUUACUUGUCCACACGUAGGGGAGCACUUACACAGUAUCUUGCCAACAUGUCUUCUGUUGACUGAUGAUCAUGUUUAUGCCAAUAAAGUCAAGGGUUUACAGUGUCUGCAACAUGUGGCGAGUAAUGUGAGUCGUACUGACCUGAAUCAGUAUGGUCAAGGAGCAGUCAUAUACAAAGCUGUAGAGCACAUGGUUUAUUUAAGGGAACCUGAAAUCAUCCCACAUUUGGCUAAAUGUCUCAUAGCAUUGUUGAGUAAAACUGAACAAAGUCCUACAAGUCACUCACUUACGUGGAACCAUUUUGAUGACGUCCUGAACAUAUGGCUUCCUUCAAUGGAAAUGGAGCAAAAACUUGUAUUAAGAGAAGCUUACAUAGAAAAUCUGAAUGAGUUUCUGCAAGCCAUGGGUCUUGGGAGUGCUCGUUGGUCUAGAAAGCUUAUGUUGAUAUUCUCAGAUUAUUGUGAACAAGAGCACACCCGUGAAAUGUCUUUAAAAGCAUUGCUUACAUUUAUAAACUCGGCAUGGCCAAGGAUAUCAAGCCAUUUCCAUUCUAUAGUAGUCAUUCUCAUGAAAGUUAUCAUAAACAUAAAAACAAAGGGAUCAAUUUCAAACUAUGGUACAAGACCAUCUGGGAUCUUAGUAAAACAGUGUUUUAGAGCAUUAGAAAGACUUUCUAACUUGAUGUACCGUGAUUUUGUGAAUAAAAUUAAAGAAAAUGAUGAUAUGGCCGAUCUUUACAAACUAAUAAUGGAAAAUGAGAUUUUAAGCCAAAGUUUGUAAGAUUUGACUAUAAAGUAUAUUUUUUGUAAAUUAUUGAUUUUGGUAAAGUGUCAAGAGAAACAACAAGUCUCUAAAACUAAAUGAAUUAAAUAUUUAAAAAAUGGUUUAUUUGAACUCAUUAGUGAUAACGAAUGUCUUGAAAGAAUAACAAGAGUACAGAUAUUUGCCACUGUUAAAAGGUUCAAAAAUUGAAACUCAAUUUUUCAAGAAAUUAUAUACUUUUUUCUUCUUUAGGUGUAAAAACUUUAAACAUAAAGUUACACAUACAAGAAAGCUAAUUUUCUGCUUCAUUUCCACUUGGCUCCACUUUGACUGUUGUGCAUGUACCAUGUUACAGCAGUGUGUUCUUUUUUUACUUGUUGUGUUUCUGCUGUUCUUGGUGUUAGGCUAAGGUUUGUUUGAUUUUAGCACACAAUUAUUUAAAUCCUUAUGUGUUAUCCUGAAGUCAUUUGCAUAAAAUUCUGGAUCAUACUCUAGAAUUUAGCAAAUAUUGUAAAUCCUUUUUUGUUUGUUGUGUUUUUUUUUCAAUUCAAUGAAGAAUGUGACACAUGGUUUAACCUAGAAUAAAAAGAAAAAUGUUUUUUUAGGAAAAAAUGGUUCUACUUUUAAAAAUUAUGUUAUGUUUGAAUCAAGUUUUGGUAUAUUUAAUAUGUUUUGUUUUAUAUGGAACGAAAGUCAUAUACAAACUAAACAAAUUUUACCUACAUCAAAAUUAAAUGUAGUAAAGUUAUACCUAAGUUAAAUACUUAAAAAUGCUAGUUUUUGGAAUUUAAAAAUUAUUUUGCUAUGUUAAAUGUUACCAAAAUAUCAAUACUGGCACUCAGUGCAUAUUUUAUACCAUCUCUCACUUUAUGACAACACCAUAGCACUCAAUGGGUUCACUUUAUAAGUAAGUUUAAUUUUGUAUUUUAUAACAACUGAAAAAGAGAGCAGUUGCUAGUUCUUAAAACUUACAUUUUAGUUUUUGUAACAAAAAAUGUAGGUGAAUGUCCAUAAUCCUAUUCUUUUUUUAAAACAAUGUUUUUUAGAUUUGCGUUUAUGAUUUUUCAAACUGAUUAUCUGAUUGCUGAUUUUAAUAUUUUUAUUAAUACAUUCAUAACUUAAUAUUAUAUAACAUAAUAUUUAAUUAAUUAUUAUAUACUAUUAUGUAAUUACUAUUAAUUUUACUAAUAAAUAGGCCAAAGUUAGGUCUAAAUAGCCUUCAUUACAUUUUGUAAAUCAAUUCAUGUUGUUUCAUUAGAAACCGUCUUAACAGUUCUAUUGUGUUCAACUUAAUGCCUUCAUUUAAUAUAGAAUUCCAUUCUUUUUCAAUUCAAGUUUAUUAACAAAGAACACUUUAGAAUUUUAUAUUUUUACAUAAACAAACAUGUGUUAGACAAAUUAUUGGUCAACUUCUUUUAUAUAGUGCCAGUUGAUAUGUUUUUAAUUAUAAAGUAAGUUAUGAAAUGCAAUUAUAACAACGCACAAUUUAAGUUUAUUACAACUGUAAAAUAUAUAGUACAGUUAACAAUGAUUUGUAUUAUAGUGUUAUGUGCACUACGUAAACCAUGUGAGUUCGAGUUUUGUGGACUCAGCAGCAUUUACAGACAUUAUACAAUUUUCAGAUUAUUUCACAUUUAGAAAACAUUAGUACCAGACCAUCUUUAUAUUAACCAGUGUUAGGAUAUCAUAGCCUCCACACCUGCAGCUCCUACAAUGAUAUCAGCUCAAGUCGCAUAUAAGAAUAGUUGGAGCUCUUUUAAGAAUAUAAUUAAUUUAACAUUAAAAUACUACAAGAUAAAUACGCCAACCAACAACAUUUUAUAGGAGUAAUUAUUACAUCAAUAAGUUGGUAAUUGAAAUAUUUUGUGGUAGUAUAAUAUAUUUCUUUAAAAGUUGUUUAAUUUUUUAUGUGUGAUGCAUGUUUUGGAUAAAUAUUUAAAGUUGUAUUAGUUAAGCUAUCUUUGUAGUUGAAAUUAAAAUGAUCUGAAGUAUUAUGUUGUUACUUUUUGUCAAUGAAUAAGUUUUGUGCUCAAAUACAUUUUUGGUAAAUAAAA